UUCUUUGUUUUUUGUACUGCACUGUUUCACUGUAAAUUUAAGCCAUAAUUUUUGAAUUAUCUAAAUAUGAAUAUCGAAUCACGAAAUUUCAGGCAAAUUUUUGGAAUGUGUUCCAAAUACAAGUUCUAUUGCUAAACCUCCACUGUUUCCUUCAUGGAGUCUCGUUUGCUUAGGUUCAGCGAGUUUGUAUAGCCGCAAAAUUGGCUUACGAGAUAUGCCUAAUUUCACAAGUGGAUUGCAUUAUUUGAUUCCAAUUGAUUUCUACUUAACAGUGAAUCGUGAAAAGUGGGAAGAAGAUAUGAAAAUGAUUGGCGGUAUUUCUCGUCGUCUAAGGAAAACCACUUGCGAAAACACUCGAGAGAGGGUUAAGCUUUUCAUUGGUUUCGAAUUUGAAUGCCUUCGCGGUCAUCGUUUUAUUUUUGGGCAAAAGCAUUUAUCAAAUAAAAUGGAUUCUACAUCAAAGUUAAUAAAUUUGGACAUUCCACUAUGGUUGAAAUGUCGCUGCCGUCGUUCAUCUUAUGCUCAAUUAAUGCGUUUGCAUAUCGUUACUCCUAAAGCUCCAGUUACGGUUUUCAUCAAUCCACGCGUUCAGUCACGUUCAACUAUUUUCCAUACCGGUGAAAAACCUAUUGGUCUGGAAUAUUCGCGGUAUUACGUAAUGCGAUUUCCAUACAUUUUUGGCGGUUCUCAUGGAAUUCUUCGCCGUCAAAAUGAUGAUUAUAAAAUGGCAAAAUUAUUAGCCAAUUCCAUAUCUGUUAUUCAUUCUCCUCUAAAUUAA